AAUGCUUUCCGGAAUGUGCUGAAUUGUCAUUGUUGCCUUCGUGGAAUCAGGAAAAAUUUAAGCAAUACACUUUAGUAGUGAAAAUUGUAGUGAAAAUGAGUGCCGAUGACGAGAUGCUGUGUGAGCCAACAUUGAGGAAUAUUGUGGAGCAGACAUCGUUGAAGUGGAUUUUCGUUGGGGGAAAGGGAGGCGUUGGAAAAACAACAUGCAGCUGCAGCCUGGCCAUUCAGUUGUCACGUGUCCGGGAGUCCGUUCUCAUCAUCUCCACAGAUCCUGCACACAAUAUUUCAGAUGCCCUGGAUCAGAAAUUCUCCAAAGUGCCCACGAAGGUGAGAGGCUUUGAGAAUCUCUACGCAAUGGAAAUUGAUCCGAAUGUGGGUCUUAAUGAGCUUCCUGAGGAAUAUUUUGAGGGUGACAAUGAAGCAUUGAAAUUGGGCAAGGGUGUCCUCCAUGACAUUUUGGGUGCUCUGCCGGGCAUUGAUGAGGCCAUGAGUUAUGCUGAAGUGAUGAAAUUGGUCAAAGCGAUGAAUUUUUCCGUGGUGGUGUUUGAUACAGCCCCAACGGGUCAUACAUUGAGACUCUUGUCAUUCCCACAGGUGGUGGAAAAGGGCUUAGGGAAGAUUCUCAAGAUAAAAAUGAAGAUAUCACCAUUCCUAACACAACUCAGUGGCCUCUUUGGUCUGCAGGAUUUCAAUGCGGACAGUUUUACCACGAAACUUGAAGAGAUGCUGACGAUUAUUCGGCAGGUCAAUCAGCAAUUCCGGAAUCCCGAUCAAACGACAUUUGUUUGUGUUUGCAUUGCGGAAUUCCUGUCGCUGUAUGAGACAGAGAGGCUGAUUCAGGAACUGACAAAGUGCGAAAUUGACACUCACAACAUUAUUGUCAAUCAGUUGCUUUUUAGACCACCCAAUAGUCAACCGUGCAAAAUGUGUGCAGCACGAUUUGCUGUCCAGGAGAAAUAUCUCGAUCAAAUAGCUGAUCUCUAUGAGGACUUCCAUGUGGUCAAGCUGCCACUGCUGGAGGCUGAAGUCCGUGGAGCGGAAAAUGUAGCAGCAUUCUCUAAAAAUCUCCUAACACCGUACGAGCCUAAGUAAAAAUGGUCUUGCAUUUUAUUUUUCUCAUUUUUUUUUGCGGGAGCACUGCAAAUUGGGUUGAACGGGGGAGGGGGGGGUGUGAAAGAGGAAAGGGGGGUCUCUUAAAAUAAUCCUGCGUGUUUUAUUUUGCAUUCACAGAGUAAAAAUUUUAAUAUAAAUCUAUCAGUUUAAAAAAAAAUUAAAGUCUUGUCUUCCUUUUAUACUUUUUGAACUUAUUAAAAAAAAAGAUUGUCUUUUUUCCUGGUCAUAA